UGGCGCCAGUUCGCAACAAAUCAAGCAGCAGACGCACGUGAAUUGCUCCUGGAAGUCGUCGUUUGGUGUUAGUUUGCUGUGCUAUCGCCACCGAUCGUAGAAUAUUCUUGGUAGCUGAUCAGUCUAAAGCAAGGCUUCAUGGCUGCGACGGUGCUGUUUGAAAUCAAGAAGAAGAGUCGCAGCCCUUUGACGAAGAAGUCUCCGUUUCCAUUGGUGUUUCACCUGGGAACUGAGAAGUCGAGCAUUGUCACAUGGCAGAUUUACCGCGGCGUGCUCAAGCCCGAUGGCGUCGUAGUGACGUCGCAGGAAGACAUGAAAAACUUAUACCACAUGGGAUACUUUGGGAAGGGGACCCUGUCACGUUCUGCUCCAAGGUUCAACGCUGACUACAGCGCCGAGGAUCCCAUCGAGGAGAGGGCGAUGAGCUUCCACAGGUACCAGCGACACAAGCAGCUUCGAGAGAAGGCGGAAGCAGAAGGAACUCUCGAAUCAAACUGUAACCUAGAUCCGCCAAAGGUCAUCCUGGUCAAACUCCCAGGCACAGAAGAGAAGAAGGAAUCGAGCAGCGAUGUCACCGUCAUCUCGGAAACGGGCCUUCGCAGACCUGUGCCCAGAAUCUUGGCUAGAGCGAAGAACUUGAAGCGCAAAGAUAGAGAAGAUGGCGACGCUGCAGACACCCACGACUGUCCGCGUGAGUCAGAAGACAAUGCCAGUGACGGAAAAGUGGGGGAUAAUGAAGGAAGCGACAAUGGCGCUACGAGUGAGAAAAUUUGCAGUAUCGACGAAGGAAGUGAUCAAGAGGCUGCCAAUGAGGGAACGGGCAGCGCGGAAGCGGGUAAUGAAGAUCCAGACAUUUUCGAGUGUGACUCUUCGGGUGAACAGAUCACCAAGAGUGGAGAAGACUGUGCGGAAUUGUCCUCGGUUGAACCGCAGAAUGACGACGAUGGCAGCAAUGACAUUAUCGAAGUCGACAGCCAGACGGGUACAGAAGUUGUAGGGGAAGAUGACAAGUCUACCGCCGCGGACGAGUCUCAAGACAAAAAAGUAGCUGAUGGUGACAAGACUGAUGGGACUGAAGAGGCGUGCACCUCGGCAGUAGACAGGCAUGAAAGUGAGACCGGUGACAGUCCCAAACAGGCAUCAGUCACUGACGAACAAGACGACGAGGAAGGGCAACCGCUUGAGAUUGACCUUUCUGCACCGGAGACGGGUUCUGAAAAUUCGGUUAAGAUGAAAGCGCCUGACGAGCAGAAGGACAGUAAAGCAGAACUGCUUGAAAUAAACCUUGCCACUAGUGAAACCUCUACUGGUGGUGGAAAAGAAGUGAGCCGUCCAAGCAAGCAGGAAAGGAAAAGAUGUCAUACAGUUGAAGAAGAAGACGCUAUCGCCAGUGAUUGUGACGAAGUUGAAAUGAUAAAUUCUGGUGCCAGUGAGGAGCCUGAAGUUUUUUCGACGGAAGACCCUUGGCCUAUCACUGAGUCACUGCAGCUCUUCUUUGAAGAGGCAUAUUUCCUUUCCUAUGGCUUGGGGUGUCUCAUUGUGAAGGAUGGCGACGAGGACCUGGAACUCCUGAAGCUGUGGCAGAGGCUGUGCGGACUGUGUGACAACUUUCCCGCGCGAUAUGCCGCCUACCACCACUUCCGCAGCAAAGGCUGGGUGGUCCGGUCCGGCGCAAAGUUUGCUGCUGAUUACUUGCUGUACAAGGAUGGGCCUCCGUUCUAUCAUGCCAGUUUCUCGGUGAUUGUGCGCUCCGUUUGGGCCGACACCCUCGAGGAGCAGCCCGAUCAUCGGCUGCAGAGUUGGCCCACCCUGUCGGGUCUCAUCAGGGUCAAUGGCAAUGCCUCCAAGGCUGUGCUGCUGUGUCACGUGAUCAUGCCCAGAGAUGCUGACCUCACCACGCCUCAUGUAUUGCGAUCUUUCAAGAUUCAGGAGCUCUUGGUUCGCCGGUGGAUUGUAUCGGAAGAAAGGGAGAAACGGGACGACGCAUCCUGAAUGGCACCGCUCAAGUGCACGGCUGCAUGGCUGCGUCUUGUAUUAUAAUUUGCUGUACAUAAAGCUUGACAAUUAUUAAACGUUGUAUAUAAAGCA